UAACUUCACUCUGUUGGCAAUAGUUUUCUUCAAUUGACACUUAUAACUUUAUGUUAUUGUAUGUUCUCAUUUAUUCUAGUUUAAAAACACUACCUUCGUUAUUUAUAAAAUUAAGUAUGUCGGAAAAACCAAAAAUGGAUUUGGGAGUUUUAGAAGAAGAUGAUGAAUUCGAGGAAUUUCCCGUAGAAGAUUGGUCUGGAAAAGAAAAAGAUGAUAAAGAUAUUAGUGUAUGGGAAGAUAAUUGGGAAGACGAUAACGUUGAAGAUGAUUUUAACAAACAAUUGAGAGCUCAACUCGAAAAACAAAAAAGUAAACCACCAUCUAAAUAAAUAAAAGUGAAAAGUAUAUUAAUAUGAAAUUGUAUUUUUAAUUUUGUGAUUAAAACAUUUGAAAAUUU